AUUUGGGGGAAAUACACAUAUUUUUCAGUUAAUAACUUAAUAAUAGCCAUUAAAAUCAUUUGAUUUAGUUGCAAAGUUAGAGAAAUAUGUUCCAUAUUCAUUGAAAUUGAUUUUUUCAAAAACGAUAAUGCACGAGAUUUUCACUCAUAGCUUCGAUAGCAACAAAAUGGCGACAAUAACAUCAUCUGCAGCUGAGAAAAUUGCCUCGCUUUCUAAGCCAGAUGGCAGAAAAAAGUUACAGACAUGUCUGCGCUGGUCAGACUUUGAUGAAGAGCAGGAUAUGCAGAAGUCUAUACAUCUUGAUUUCCUGUUUGACACCCUGAUGUUUGUCACAGAGAAGGGAUUCAAAUGGGAUCAAGUAGCCACUGUAUGCAACUUUGCUGACCGACUCGUACAGAAAAUGAAAGACUGUUACCGGCUAACAGACAUUCUAGGCUUCUACAACUCACAGUCUUCUUAUCUUUUUGAAAGUUUAGGUGAUCGGAACUUCAAAAUAUUGUCAAGUUACAUUUUUGAAACAGUUUUGCCCCAUUUUAAACUGUAUCAGUUAGUUUUCAACUUUCCUAGAAAAGAACAGAUUCCAAAUGUCCCAGUAUUGGUAGAACCACCAUUUGAGUCCAAGAAACUGAAGGAAACAAAAACAUUGAAAGUUUGGGAUUAUGAGCAGCAGCUGGAGGAAUUAGAUAAGAAGGAAAAGGCACGGUUAGAAGAAAUUCAAGCAAAGAAGGAACAAGUUGUGACAAAAAUUCACAAAGACACAUCUUUGAAACUAGAAAAGAGUGUGAAGACAACUGAAUCAUUUGAUAAAGAAAAACUAGGUAACAUAAUCGAGGAUGUGAUGCGAGGAUUCACACUAGCUGCAACAGAGUCGUUGAAGCAUGACAUUGAGAGACUGAGAGACGACCUGGAAUUCAAACUGGAGAAAACCAGUCUGCCUCGACCACAAGUUCUAGGUGCUCCACUGCGAUUUAAAGUCAUUAAACCACAGCUUCCCCCCGCAGUGGUUAAAGUGGCACAACCACCAAAACCUGUAUGGGAAGUGGAUUUAUAAUGGCCAGAGUGUAGAAUUGUGGCUUGUUCUUGUCAUGUUUUAUGUUUUUGGAAAUCAUCAAUUUAACAGGAGCAAAUUACGUACACACUCGAUCAAAGUUAACCCUUUCCCACUCAGAAGCAAAGUGAAAAUGGCUAUGUGCAAACAGCAGGCUGUUCUGGUUUUAUGCUGUUUGCUGCUCAUCAGUAUCUAAGGGUUGGAACUGAAACCUUUAAAACUUGGAUCUAGUAAGAAAGGCCUUUAAUCAAAUUUAACUUUCUGAGGUACUACAAAUGUGUAACAAUACGUAUCUAAGUGGUGAAGGGUUAAAAUGUAAGAAUAAUAUUAGCAAAAUUGUCCUUCAAGUAUGUUGGGAAUAUUUUUUUAAAAUUUACUCCACCUAUGGCAUAGCUUGAAUGCUUGUGAGGAAAAAGAACAUGUAAUCAGCUCCGCUUUGUGAAUUGUACAAUUGCUGAGAUUGUAUUUAGAUUUAUUUUUAUUUUUUAAGUACGAACCUUUCUAAGUGAGCAUUAAUAGGGCUCUAAAUUAAGCUGAAACAAAGUAUACAAUGUUCAAACAUAGACAUUGCAAUAGCAGGAUUGUCCUUGUUAGACAGCUGUAGCCAAUUGUAUAAAUCUAGAUAGCUCUUAUCCUGGGGAUAAUUUUUAGUUAUUUUACGAUAUAUUUUUUGGUUAGUGAUUGUAUAAACAAAUUGAUAUCCGAACAGGUGCAUGAUUUGGUCAAGUUUUGGCAAUGAUUUAGCCAAGGUAUUGACUUGGGUUAUCUGUUUCCGAAUAUAGUUUAUCUUUUGGAUUGGCUAAAGUUAUCCAUAUUUAUACAAUUGGCUGCUGGUUUUAAAUUUUUAUAAUUUUAAGUUUGUGGUUAUAACUAAUUUAUGCUACAUGUCACGUCAUGUUUUGUGGCUAAAACUUGCAGUGGAAAACUUUUC